UUAUCACAAAUUAUUUCAGAUUUUGAUCAAGAUGCUGCAGCUGCAGAGGCAGCAACUAUUCCUCCCUCCAUCAAAAGAAGUCUUAAUUUUGCAAGUCCACCAUCAGUGGCUGUAAAAAAUACAGCUGUAGAUGAAGGUAUUGCAGAAAUGACCCAAUUAGAUGAAAUUCAGGAUGAUGGCCUUAUAAACAGAAAAAGACCUGCAGACAGGGCAUUUGAUGAUGAUCUUGACCAAUUUCUAAAUGACGAUUUCAUGGAAAAUAAAAAGAAGAAGCAAAAACCAUUACUUCCGAAUGUAGGAAAAUCCAAUAAUCCCCAGGAUAUUGCGAAACAUGAGGCAGAUUUGGACUUGAUCAACAGAAUCCUUGAAACUAGGAAAGGCCUCCAUAGACCUGAGUUACCUGACGCAGUACACACAAUUAAUGUUUGUGAAAUACCCAAGCAUGAAGCUCGGAUUUACAAGCGUCUUCCUGAUGGAGCUUUCCAGGCCAUUACAACAGAGACUGGGGAACGUUACUACUUAACCAAGAUUGAGGAAGAGGAGUGGGACAGUCAAGUCAAUUCCAUAACUGCUUCUCAUAAAGCAAAUUGUCUCUUAAACAUACCCUAUGUUCAACUGAAAGCUCAGGCAGAACAGGAGCAAAUUCGACAGGAUGCAAGAAGAGCAAGGAGCUUACAAGAGGCUGAGGACUCAGGCAUGGAAUCUGGUGUAGAAGAUGAGGAGGUAGUGAAAGAUACAUUGUGGGUGGAGAAGUACAAACCCAAACAUUAUUUGGACUUACUUAGUGAUGAGUCAACAAAUCGCACAGUUCUACACUGGGUGAAGCUGUGGGAUAAAUUGGUGUUUGGCACAGAAAAGAAGCAAAAAGUGAAAGAAGAAAAAAAAAGUACCCAGACUGCUAAACCUUUCAAUAAGUUCCAAAAGAAAGGCCCAGAGGUUAUUGAAGAACUAGAUGAACAAAAUCGACCAAUGCAAAAGGUGAUUCUCCUUUGUGGCCCUCCUGGCUUGGGUAAGACCACUCUAGCCCAUGUCAUUGCAAAACAUGCUGGGUAUAAUGUGGUGGAAAUGAAUGCCAGUGAUGACAGAUCAGUUGAAACUUUUCGAACAAACUUAGAAAAUGCAACUUCAAUGAAAUCUGUCUUAGGACCUGAUCCAAGACCCAACUGUUUGAUCAUUGAUGAAAUUGAUGGUGCGCCAGCUCCGUCUAUUACCCUCCUUGUGAACAUGCUGCUUGGGAAAGACACGGGUGGGAAGAACAAGAAGGGCAAGAAGAAGGAAGUAUCAGCAAUGCUUCAAAGACCUGUGAUCUGCAUUUGCAAUGAGCUUUACACUCCUGCUCUUAGACCACUUCGUCAGAUUUCUCUUGUGAUUCAGUUCCCACCAACACACAGCUCAAGGCUUGCUCAGAGGUUGUUAGAAAUUAGUAGAAAACAUAGACUAAGGGCUGAUCUGACAGUCCUAAUGGCACUAUGUGAUAAAACCGAAAAUGACAUCCGCUCCUGCCUGGCAUUUCUCCAGUUUGUAAGAAGCACAAAAAAUACCCUACGACUGAAUGAUAUUGAUGGUUCAGCUCUUGGGCAGAAGGAUUACCAGCGCUCCCUGUUCAGCGUGUGGCAUGACAUAUUUACCAUACCAAGACCAAAGAAAAAGAGGCGGGGCAACCCCCAUGAACAACAGCAUGAGAAUGGUGUUCUGCUUGCAAUGCCAGAUUUGAAUGGUGAUCUGGACAAUUUUGGGGAGGAGACCACCUUAUCAGCACGUUUCAGUCGCAUGCUUAGGACAGUACAGUCUUGUGGAGAAUAUGACAAACUUACUCAGGGCUGGUUUGAAAAUUAUCCAGCAAUGAAAAUUAAAAAUGCUGCUAUGGAACCUGUAAAGAUAAGAAGACCUAGCAGUGCUACAAUCCGUGAUGGUGGUUACACCUCUAGUGAGUGUAAUGUUCUAGGUCAGACUCGCUUCUGUGAUGAGUAUUCUCCUUGA